AUCGUAGAGUAUCACAGAUUUUCGACGCUAUAAUAAACAAAAUUAUUUAGUAUAUAUAUAACUUUUUAUUUUAAAAUAAAAUUGAUUAAGUGCAUUGAUUUAUUUUAAUUCUGAAAGUGAUUAAUUGGGUUCAGUAGGAGAAAUUGAAUUUACCAUUAUAAAGUUUGAAGUAUACCUAGAAUGAUUAAGGCCAAUGAAGAUAAAAAUUCUGCAAAUCCCCUGUUUGAAGCAUGGAUAAACGAAUGGAGGCAAGAAGCUUUGGCUAGAAAUUCUCCUGCAGUGCACUCCUUUCGGAAAGCUUUAGCUUCUCUAAAACAGUAUCCGUUACGUCUGGAAACAGGGAAAGAUUGCCAUAUCUUGCAGAACUUUGGACACAAGUUGUGUGGCAUGAUUGAUAAGAAGCUGCAGCAAUACAAAGAGGUCCAAAAUUUGCCUGUAAUCAACGCUGUGUCUUUAUCUCAUUUGAAUAAUGGAAUUGAAACAAAAAGUUUAAGUUUCGGAAAUUUAAAAAAUGAUAAAUGUUCCUCAUCUGAUUUUCAGCCCUUUAGAGUUGAGUCCUCUUUAAUUUUGAAAAGUCAAAUGUUAUCUACACAAGUAGUUAAUUUGAAAAAUACUGUGAUUGGCGAUAUUAAUGGCAUAAAUGAUAGCGAAGCUUACAAUUUCUUCAAAGAUAAACAUGCCACAAAUUAUGUUAAGACUCGAGAUAAUACAUCAAUUGAAAGGCCAGGGUUGGUGAAGUCAUUCAACUUAUCAGAGGAUUCAAAUAUUUUUUGUGAGGAAAUUGUAGAACCAGAUAUGAAGCUUGCAACUCAAGUUACACUAAAGACAAAAGACCAUCAACUUAAUACAGACAAAUGUAAUGAUGUCAAGACAGCAAGUCAAAAGGUUAAAUGUUCACCUGCAGGUAAUACGAAUAAUGAGAUGUUCUUUUGGUCAAAAAACUUCGAUAUUGUGCUUUUAGUUGACAUUCAAGAAACAUGUGGAGCCAAAAUUAAAUCUCAAAGUUGUCACAUUGGAACAGAGCUAAAUAACAUCGGAAUUUCGUUUGAAACACGUAGUCUAAAAGUUGGUGAUUUUACAUGGAUUGCAAGGUGUAGAGCUACGAGUAAGGAACUUAUCCUGCCAUAUAUUGUUGAAAGAAAAAGAAUUGAUGAUCUGAGUGCUAGCAUUAUUGAUGGAAGAUACAAGGAACAGAAAUUCAGACUAAAGCAGACAGGCGUUAAAAAUAUCAUUUACUUGAUUGAAAGUUAUGGACCAAAUCAUGGUAUUAUACCUGUACCAUCACUCCUUCAAGCUUCUGCUAAUUUGUUAAUUCAAGACAACUUUAUCGUCAAAUUUACCCGUGAUCGUAAAGAUUCCAUGCAUUAUUUGGCCAGAAUGACAAACAUAAUCACAAAAAUUUAUCAGGUAUAGCAGAAAUAAUAUUUGAAAACAUAUACAUUCACAAAAAAGUAAUAUUUAAUGGUCAAGUGUGAAAUGUCUAUUGCUGCUACCUCUGUUUUGAAAAACCACA